AGCGAGGCCGCGGACCAGAGGGCAGAUCUGAAAAUGACAUGCUUUUAAUUUUCCUUUUGAGAUGGAAGUUCCCAGAUUUACCCCAGGUGCCUUCGUAUUCCUGCUGUGUGCUAGUUCGGUGGCCAGUUACCCCAAUGGAAAAGUAACAGAGUCAUGCCGUCGAAUGAUCCCCGGACAUGGGCACAGCCCACAGCCUGACCCACCUCACCACGUGGCAGUGAGUCAGACAACAUUCAGACCCGGAGAUCAGAUCGUAGUUACUUUGUCAGGACGGCCCUUUAAAGGCUUUCUUGUAGAAGCUCGUGAUGCAGAGGAUUUGGAUGGCCCUCCUGUUGGCUCCUUCCUAUUGAAGGACAGUCAGGUGUCACAGCUUCUGACUUGUGAGGAUGUACAGGCCUCAGCUGUGAGUCAUACAAGUUCAUCCAAAAAAUCAGAAAUUAAAGUUUUUUGGAAGGCUCCAAGCAGUGCCCCGAAUCACAUAAGAUUCCUAGCCACAGUGGUUGAGAAGUAUAAAACCUACUGGGUACACAUUCCCAGUCAGGUAAUUUCAAAACCAAAUGCACCUCCUUUUACAACACCUAAAGCUACAGCAGCUCCAUCAUCAACAUCACCUCCAAUCUUCCACCUGACCAAACCAUUCAGUGCCUCAGACUGUGGGAAGAAGAAGUUUUGUGUUAGGAGUCCUUUCAACUGUGACCCAGAGAAGGAUCAUGGCUGUGUCUUCCUUUCCUUCACAAGAGAUGACCAGUCGGUGAUGGUGGAGAUGAGCGGUCCCGGUGAAGGCUAUUUAUCCUUCGCGCUUUCUCGUGACCGAUGGAUGGGCGAUGAUGAUGCUUACGUGUGCAUCCAUGAAGACCAGACGGUGCACAUACAGCCUUCCUACCUGACAGGACGGAGUCGCCCUGUGAUGGACUCCAGGGCUCCUCUUGAGGAUAUGGCUUGGAGGUUUGCAGACGGUAUUAUACAGUGUUCUUUUAGAAGAAAGAUUGCCCUUCCUGGUGUCAAGCAUAGAUUUGAUCUAAACACAAGCUACUACAUAUUCCUAGCGCACGGUGCGGCUGCUGAUGGCCUAAUUUAUAAGCACUCGAAGCAGCCCUUAAUUACAUAUGAAAAACAUGAUGUGACUAUGACUCCCCAGGAUGUGGGAGGAUCUCACUCUUCGCUCCUCCUGAAGGUCCAUGGUGCCUUCAUGUUUGUGGCAUGGGUGACUACUGUUAGCAUAGGUGUGCUGAUUGCCCGCUUCUUCAGACCUGUCUGGUCAAAAGUUCUCCUCUUUGGUGAGGCAGCUUGGUUUCAGCUGCAUCGGAUGCUCAUGCUCACCACAUGUGUGCUCACCUGCAUUGCGUUUGUCCUGCCUUUUAUAUACAGAGGAGGCUGGAGUUGGCACGCAGGUUACCACCCGUAUCUCGGCUGUGUAGUCAUGACCUUAGCGGUUCUGCAGCCGCUCCUGGCAGCCUUCCGGCCACCUUUCCACGACCCAAGAAGGCAAAUAUUUAACUGGACUCACUGGAGUGUGGGAACAGCUGCUAGAAUAAUAGCAGUGGCAGCAAUGUUCCUAGGGAUGGAUUUGCCAGGAUUGAUGCUUCCUGACCCACAGAAAACCUAUGCAAUGAUUGGAUUUAUCCUCUGGCACACGGGGGCUGAGAUUGUCCUGGAGAUACAUGCCUUCCGGCUCUCUCGAAGAGUCGAAAUAUUGGAUGAUGACAGAAUUCAGAUCCUUCAGUCGCGCUCUGUAUCCGAAGCAGAGGGCCAUACUUUUAAAAAGGCAGUGUUUGCAGUUUAUGUCUGUGGCAAUGUGACUUUUCUUAUCAUAUUCUUAUCUGCGAUCAGCCAUCUAUGAAGAAGUAGACUGCUUUGUGGACCAGUAAAGACUGUCUUUAUCAUCAAAUGGAAUACACUUGAAGUUUGUACUGCGGGCCUGGCCUACAUUCAUGAGUUCUGAUUCGGAAGACCAAGCAUGUUUCGAGGGGGGAAUCCUGAUGCUUGUCUUUAGAAAUAGAACUCAGUAGCGUCAUAGAGACCAUAAACGGAUGUGAAAUUCUGUGUGCUUGAGCAGUGACUCUCGAAUGUUCCAGGCCAAGAUCUUAAGAAUGUUAGUAUUUAAGAGAAUAAACAAGAAAGAUCUGGACAAACAAACAUGCCACGCAGAGAAGAUUGUGUUAAGGUAAACUGUUUUGGACUCUAAAGCUGCUGUGAUACUCUAAAGAAAAUGUUUAUUUUUACCAAUUUAUCUGAAUGGUCUUCAGGUUUUUUAAAAAAGAAACUUUUGGGGGGCAUUUUAUUUGCCCUAUACUUCAGUACUUCUCUGGCUAAAGAUAGAGGUGGGAUUGACCUCACUGUAGAUUUCAUUAGUAUCUAUUUUUACUAGUAUAAUUUCUUUGUUAGCAGUGAAAUUCAAGUAGGCCUUUCUUUCUUUCUUUCUUUCUUUCU